GACGCAUUUCGGCCUUCCAGUUACGACCAAUCGAUUCCGUUGAAGAUGAGACCUCAUCCUCAGGCAAAGAAGACAGCUCACCUGAGUCUCCACACGCUCAGCAGCCCGGCGCACCACAAUAUGGUCAAUACUUGGCCAUCAAUGGGCAAGCACCACAUCAGGGGCGUCCACGUACGAAGAAGCCACGCAGUAAAUCAUUGCAGCCACAGUCAAACAUAGUACCGUGGCGUAAAUCAUCACGACCACGACGUGGUCGUUCGCUAGAUAAGCAACCCUUCUUCCCCGGUUACAAGCCGGAACCAGUUAAAUCAUGGAAAGAGGAAACGAUAAGUCUGAAACCGACACCAAUCGAGAAGAAAGUCAUUCCAAAAAUGGAAGCCGCCAAGGUUGAGCUCAAAUCCAUUAAGGAACAACGUAAUCAGGGUUUGAUGGGUAUCGGCGCAACGCUCGAUCAAAUUAUCGCUGGUAAGACUGAAAAGGAAGCGAUUCCUUGGAUCGUAAUGCGUGAGAAAUUGAAACAUGUCGAGAGUGUGCAAAAACAAUUGGACAAAUUCGAUUUGGAUGAAGUGUAUCUGCGACCACUCGAACAGCCAAUAGUGACAGAUCAAAAAGCACCACAUCAGGCGCAAGAGCAACAAGAACAAAUUGAACGUACCAAAGAGAUACAGCGCCUGCGUAGUAUGGAGAGUAUUGAAAUCAACGAGAUGACGGAGCAGAUCGAGAAAUUGAUAACGAAACAUCAAAAGGAAGACGCGGUACCGUGGAAGGAAAUGCGUCAGCAUUUGAAGAGCGUACAACGUGUCACUAAUCAAAUUGAAAAGUUUAAAAUUGAAGAAGUAGAAUUACGCCCUCUACCAACACAGACCGCAACUACACAGGAAAUAAGUAAUACAACAUCGGGCACCGUCUCAAUGAUGGUCGAUGAAAGCUCUAAAGGCUCCAUACAGAAGGUGGUACGCAAAGAGCAACUACAGCAGUAUGAAGAUGUGAAUGAGGUCCACAAACAACAGUAUAUCAUAAGUGAAGACAUUAACUUGCUGAGUGUCGCUGAACGUGAGAAACUGGAAGCACAACGCAUCAUUCAACAGCAACAAGCUGUAAACUGGCGUCAAGGACGUAAAGUGCCCGCACUGCAGCCACUCACCUCAAUGGAGGAUACUUCAAUACUAAAGACUGGUGUUACGACUCCGGAACAGUUCGAACAAAGCUUGCAACAACAAAAAUAUACCACUGUCGAAGAUUCGAAAAUGAUGAGCGUCGAAGAGUAUGAGCAUCUGCAAAUGAUGAAAAGUACACAAGAAGAGAAGGCUGUAGAAUGGCGUCAACAGCGUCAAGUGCAAGAAUUCCAACAAACUGAGGACUCUAGCAGAUUGUCAUUACAACAACGACAAGAUACGGAGGAACAGCAGUUCAUACAACCGCAACCAACUUUGUGGGACCGUGGUAAGAAGAAGCCACAACCGCAAAAAGCACAAGCUCAAGCACCACAACCCACUGAGCAAUAUCCUGAGCAGCCUAAGACUUAUGAGGAAGCGGUGGAUGUGCUGUCUGAGGGGCCGGUGCCUGUAAAACCAACCGAACAACCUACACCAGUUCUGUGGGAACGUGGUAGAAAGAAGACCACAACACAACAACAGCAAAUCACUGAAAUACAACAAGUCACUGAAGUAGCACAACAACAAUUCGUGGAACAGCAACAACUAAUCGAACAAAGAGAAUUUGUUGAGGAAACUAAGAAGACUAGCGUACGUAAAACAAUUGCGCCACGUGAACCUGAACAGAAAAUGGAGCAAGUUGUACUCAAGCCGACACCACGCCCACGUCCGAAGUUAACACAAAAGACUGAAGAAGUGCAAAUACAAACUCUGAAACGCACACAAGCUACACAUACCGUUGAAGAACAGCCAACAAAAACCUUCGAGCAAGCUGUGGAUACACUUGAGGAAGAGGCAGUGCCUCAACAGCCGAUUGCACCCGAACCCUUAUUGUGGGAACGUGGAAAGAAGGCCACUAAGAUUGAAGAAGUAAUUGCUGAACAACCAAUUGAAACUUAUGAGGAGGCUGUGGAUGAACUUCCUGAGCAACCUGUAUCACAUAUCCCAGAACAGCCUCAACCUGUGUUGUGGGAACGUGGCAAGAAGAAGCCUACUGUGCAACCAGAAAUAGUAGAGCAAGUGGAGCAACAAACUGUGGUGGAAGAGGUUAAGAAAGUUACACGUAAAGUAAUACCACAAGAGCCGGAAGAAAAGAUGGAACAAGUGGUGCUUAAGCCAACACCGCGACAGAAACCGAAAGAAUCACCCAAAGCUGAGGAAGUGCAACUUAAGCCCGCCAAGCGACCACAACCAACACGCGCUACGGAAGAAGAUCAGCUGCAACCAACGAAAGCAUACGAAGAAGCAGUUGAUGAACUUCCUGAAGAGCCGAAACCACAGCAACAAGAGCAACAACCGGUCUUAUGGGAGCGUGGUAAAAAGAAACCUAUCAAACCUGUAGAGGAAAAGGUGGAAGAGGUUGAACAAAAGGUAGAGGAAAACAUUUCGGAAGAACUGACCGUCGUUGAGGAAACUAAAAAGAAAGCUGCGCGUAAAAUUAUUCCACAAGAGCCAGAAAAAAUGGAACAAGUGGUGCUCAAACCUACACCAAGACAGAAACCCAAGGAAACGCCAAAGGCUGAAGAAGUGCAGUUAAAACCCGCAAGACGCCUGCAGCCAACACAAGUCGUUAAAGAAAAGCCACUAGAACCCACGAAAGCAUACGAAGAAACUGUGGAUGAAAUACCGGAAGAGACAGCUCAAGUCGAAGAACAACCGCAACCUGUUAUAUGGGAACGUGGUAAGAGAAAGAAGCCUGUUAAGCCAACCGAAGAGAAGUUAGAAGAGGUUCCCGUACUGCAAACACAAGAAGAAGUGGUUGAUGUAAUGGAGGAGCCUAAACCAGAGCAACUUGAAGAGAAGCCUGUGCUAUGGGAACGUGGUAAGAAAAAACCAAAGGACGAAGAAAUUCAAGUUGUCGAAACCCAGAAAGAGGAAUUGAAAGAACAAGAAGUCGCAGAGAAGAAGAAAGUCAAGAAAAUUAAGAAACGUCCAAGCGUGACUGAGGUAGUACAAACUGAAGACUUAGUAACAACGGUUGAAGAAGAAGAAGUGCCCGAAGAGACACAACCAACAAUUGACGAAUACAAAGCAACAGAUAUCGUGGAGAAAUUCAAAACAAAGAAAGUCAAGAAACCGAAAGUGAAGCCAGAAGAAAUUGAAAUUACGGAUACUCCAGAAGAAAUUAUGGAAGAAGCUGUUGAAGAUGUCAGUAUUGUAGAAGAAAGCGUUGAAGAAAAGAAACGUAAAGUUAAAAAGGUGAAGAAACCUAAGAAGGUGAAAAUUGCCGAAGAUGUAGAAGAAAUUCAACCUGAGGAAGAAGAAGAGGAGGAAGAAGAAGAAAUACGGCCAGAAGAACCGGUGCCAGAAGAAAAGGUACCCAUUAAACGUAAAGAAAUCAAACCACAAGAGCCUGAACAAGUCGAAAAGGUGACCCUUAAACCGGUACCACGCAAACAGUUACCCAAACUAGAGCAAGAGAAACCAGAGGAAGUCACCCUCAAACCAUUUAAGAAACCACGAUCUUCUGAAGAUGCGCAGCAACCCACAGAGUUGGAAACUCACGAAGAGGUUCUUGAAAAAGUCGCCAUAGAAGUCAUCGAAGAUGUCACGAAGAAACGUGUCAAGAAGAAGAAGCCCAAGAAAAAGACCAUUGAGCAAGACGAGGAAGGGGAAAUCGAAGUACCCACAGAAGAGGUAGAAGAGGAAGAGGAAGAAAUCGUAGAAUCUGCUCCAGAAACUGAAGAACAACCAAUCGGAGAAGUUGUAGAAACGGCAGAGGUUACACCACAACUCAAGCCUAAACCCAAACCAGUACCAGUAGAAGAAAAGGUGGAAGAAGUUUCACUUAAACCAAUAAGAAAAGUUAAAAAGCCUUUACCUGAAGAACAAACCAUCGAGGAGGUAAAACUUAAGCCUGUAAGACGUCCCCAACAGGUGACAGAAGAGCAGCAGCUCGAAGAAGUAGUGCUCCAGCAUGUCGAGAAACAGGCAGAAGAAAUCAUAGUUGAAGAAAAGAAAAAGACAAAGCGUGUUAAGAAGUCAAAACCAGAGGACUUGCCGGAAAUACCAGAUGCAGAGCCAGUACAACUUGAAGAAGCCGAGCAUUAUGAUAUUGAAAAGGAACCUAUUGUAGAUGAACCACAACCGCAAGUGCCUUGGAAGCGUGGCGAAAAGAAGAAGCCUGUCGAAGAACCUAUUGAAGAAAAACAAUUGCCUACAGGUAAGAGAAGACCACGAGUGGAAGAACAACCAGAGGAAGUAAAACUCAAACCAAUACCACAAAAACCGAAAGAAGAACCGGUGCAACCAAUUAAAGAAGUAACAGCACCUAAAUUGGUGCCUGAAGAACGACCACAACCAGAAGAGGAGGAAAUCGAAAUCACGCCUAUACCCGUCGAAGAUGACACCAAGCCACAGAAAGAGAAGCCAAAGAAAGAAAAGAAGAAGAAACCGAAAUUACAAAAGGCAACACCGUCAGUAGAUGAAAUCACUGAAGAAAUCGCUCAACCAUUCAAUGAACCAAUAACAGAAGAAGAUCAAGUCGAUGAAAUACCGAUUGACGAAAUCAAAGAAGUUGCCGUCUCUGAAGAGGUCUUACCCGAAGAAGAAGUCGUGCCAACCGAAGAUGUGAUUACCACCAAACAAAAGGCACAUAAGAAACGCACAAAACGACUAAAGGAUGCAUCUUUUGAAGAGCAACCGCAGUUGCUUGAAGCCGAAAUUGUGGAUCUUGAAGCUGAAGAGAUCAUAACACAAGAAACUUCACAAGAAGUGUCACAAAAGACAAUUACACUUAAAAAGACUGAAGACAACCGACCACAAUUCAUAACCACUGAGCAAUUGAUCGAGCUCGAUGUUGAUGAUGUGCGACGCGGUAUCGACAUGAAAGUUACAUCAAAUAUUGUUAAGAAAGAAACACGACGUAUCAUUUUGGACGACAGUCAACCUUUGCCCGAGCUUGAGCUAAUUACGCAAAAGCGCAUACAAGAGGGUAUCGAUAUGUUGCCCGACGAAGAAUUGAUCGAAGAUCAAACCGUGCCACAAAAGGAAGAGACCACAACAUCCGAAGUGCAACGGCAAGAACGUAAGUUGGUGCGCAAGAAGAAGAAGGAGAUCAAACCACCACGUAUUACCGAAAAGCUACGGCCGGUUAUGUGCACACCCGAAGCACCCACAGAGUUGGAGUGUAAAAUUGAGGGCUCACCUUUCCCCGAAAUUAGCUGGUAUUUCAACGAUGUGCUCUUAUUCGCUUCGGAGAAAUAUGAAAUUACGGUAAUGGAAGAUGUAGCCAAACUGAAGAUCGCUAAGGUCACGCCCAGCGAUGUGGGCGUAUACACUUGCGAGGCGCGCAACGAAGCCGGCGUAGCGACAAGUCGUGCUAACAUCUUUUUAGAAAAAGAACAAGGCAUUGCACCACAAUUCACAAAACCGCUCAAAAUCGAGUUCACCGAAGAGAAGGAACCCGAAUUGUUGAGAGUCACUGUGACUUGUCAAGUCGUCGGCAAGCCAAUGCCACAAGUGAAAUGGUAUCGCGGCACCGAAGAGGUCAUACCCAGCGAAACUGUACAGACAUUCUACAAUGAAGAGACCGGCGAUGUCGCUUUGGAGGUUAUUAAUCCGACACCGAAUGAGGCGAUCACAUAUUCAGUGCAAGCGCAAAAUGAUUUCGGACGCGCCAUUGGCAAUGCCAACAUACUUAGCCGCGUCGAAGAGGCACCACUGGAGGUAUUGAAACCACCUAAGGUGACACCGCUGAGUGCACAAGUUAUACCGACCGGUGGUACCUUGUUGUUCGAGGCCAAAUAUGAGGGUACGCCACGGCCGGAAAUUGUUUGGCUACGCAAUGGUCGUGAAAUACAAAUCAAUGAAGACGUUACAAUAGAAACCACCGAAACUACGACCAUAAUCAAGAUAAUCAAUAUGAAUCGUAAACGUACCGGUAAAUAUGAAGUAUGUGCCAAGAAUCCAGUUGGUGAAGCUAAAUCUUCGGGUUCGGUAAUGGUUACCGAUCAAGCGCCCGAUAAAGAGAUUAUACCACCACGUUUCAUCCAACCCCUACAACCGAAGUACUUUGGUGAAAAUGAAGUUGCCAUAUUGGAGGUAGUUGUUACAUCCGAACCACUCUCGUCAUUCCAAUGGUUUGUCAAUCUUGAACCCAUCAAGAGCACAAACGAAUGUCGUAUAGUUUCGCAGGCGAACAAGUCGACACUGCUGAUCGAGAAUUUCCAGCGUAAAUUCGUUGGUCCGUACACUUGUCGUGCGGAAAAUGUUGGCGGUUCGGUUACAUCGACUGCCACCGUUAAAUUACUGGAAGAUAGUCCACAAGAAAGCGUGGAAGUAUUCGAAUCGCCACGAUUCGUUGAAGAAUUGUUAGAGCCGAUUACGGUAAUGGAUGGUGAGGCAUUAUUGCUCACCUGCAAAGUGGUUGGCAAGCCGACGCCGCGUGUUCAAUGGUAUCAUAAUCAGGAGAAAAUUGUGGAAACCAAAGAGACGUUAGUAUCACAGGAUGCCGAUGGCUUGUGUCAGUUGCAAAUAACCGAAGUGUUCCCCGAAAAUGAUGGCGAAUACAAAUGUGUGGCUAGCAAUAAAAUUGGUGAAGCGCUAACAACAACAUUUGUUAAUAUACAAGCAUUUGAAUAUAUCCCCGAUUCUGAAAUCACUGGCUCCGAAGAGGAUCUCCUGGACAAGACUCUUUCAAUCGACGAACAACCACCGAAAAUCAUUAAGAAAUUACCUGAAAAAAUCGAACCCAAAGAGGGUGAACUAGCGAAAUUGGAAGUUAAGGUUAUUGGUAAACCAAAACCCAAGGUCAAAUGGCUGCGCGACGACGAAGAGAUAUUCGCUUCCGAGGAAUAUCAAAUCGAAAAUUUCGAAGAUGGCACCUCAGUGCUGAUCAUCAAUCACGUCUAUCCCGAUGAUGUGGGCGUCAUUAGCUUUGAGGCGCACAAUCCAUUGGGUGUAGCCGUGACAACGGCGCUCUUUGCGGUCGAAGGCAUCGUUGGAACUAAGGACUACCGCAAACCAGAAUGGGUAACGCAUAUGGAAGAAAUGCAGAAGGCGCUUAAAGAAACAACAGCACCUUUGAUAGCCACACAUGUGGAUGAGAAAAUCAUACAACAACAACAAGUGCAACAACAACAACAGCUACUAUUAGUAGAACAAGAACAACAUGAACAAACAGUUAUCAUAAAACAACAACAACAACUACAAGCGGAAGAAGAAAUUCUUAUUAAAAGUGAAAAAAUUAAAAAGAAGAAAAAGAAAGUAUCACAACAACAACAAAUAACUCAAGAAAUUCAAGAAAUUGUAGAAAAGCAAGCCGAACAGAAAGAAACUCGUAUUCAUAAAGACUUACAAGCACAUGAAAUGCUCGAAGAUUUCUACACCACCGACACAGUUACGAGCAUACAAUCCGAAAACAUACCAUACGAAACCAUACAGAUUCAAACACUAUCACAAGAGACUAUCGAAACAACAGCGCUAACACAAGUUUUACAGGUGUCCACAGAACGGCCCGAGGCGAAAGUGGCGCAUGCCGAUAUCGCGCCCGUCAAGACUGUGGCAAUACAAGAGGAAUCGAGUAUGCUCGAAGUGGAAGAAGGUCUAAAGCCGCAACGUAAGCGACCAAGUGAAAAACUGCACGAAAGCAUAACGGAAGUCACGCGUCGUGCCGCCGAAAUAACUGAAGUGGAGACAAAGCAAAACGCAGUUGAACUGGUAAGCGAAAGAACGCCAAAAGUGGCGCAAGCUCAACCGACUGUGGAUAAAAGCGAGACUGUAUUGGUGGAGAAGCCACUAAUAGAAGAUACAUUUGAAGAUUUGCCAGGCGCCAAAAUGUCAGAAGAACAUGUUAAGCCCACGCUGGUGCCACAUAUUUCACAACAACAAUUGGAGUUGACAACCGUCGACGCGUUGGGUGAUUUGCCCGCAGAUAUAUUGCGCGAAAAGCCAACUGAGAAGGCUACAACAGAUUAUGUGCCGCAUAAGAGUGUCAUAGUAGAGCAAUUGGUAAGUAGUGAGACUACUGGAAAGCAUGUUAUUAAAAAGAAAGUUGCUGAGAAGCAAAUACCAAUCGGUGUGGUGAUGGCUGAGACAAGCGUUGAAGUGGUGGAAGUGCAACCGCAGGAUACGACGGCAAAGUACGACACGCCACAUAUAAAACAAGAGGAUGCAGUGCAGCCGACGUUAGUUGAGCAUUUAGCAUAUGUAGAGAAAGAGGAGAAAACUGUCGAUAAGGAGGAUGUAUUUAAGAAAGCCAAAUCGCCGCUAAAGUUGACGGCAAAGGUGGAGGUCACUGCAGAAACUGUGCCAUUAGAAGUAACACAAAGUGAGACGGCUGAUACUGUACUGGAGCUCAAAGCAAAGAAGAUGCCGGACGCCAGCAAAGCUCUUGAGAACUUAAUAGUACAACGCAGCUUGAUUGGUACACAGCCAGACCUGCAAAGCCCGUUGGAAGAAGUGCCUAAAACGGAUAUCAUAAUCCAAAAGGCCGUGGGUAAUUUGACUGAAAAUAUACAUGUAGUCGGCGCUGAAAUAACCGCGCUCGAAGAGAGACUAACGGAUUUAAUACCCACCGUAGAACCCAAGUUGGCAAUCGCAGAAAGCGAACGAACGCACAGUCUGAUUAUAGGACAAAUAAGUGAAACAUUAACGGAAGAGCGCACGGAGGCGCUCGAACAAGUAACGCCAACACCAGAUACUUUAACUAAAACAGCUAUAACCGCCGCCAAUGCGGUAGCGUUACGAGCCGAAGACUUAAUUUGUGAUGCCACUGCGUUAGUUGAAAGCACACAACCUAGCGAGCAGCAUACGAAACUCGGCUACGAAGGUGCUGCCCCUGUAGCUAACAUAGGCGCUGUAGAGACGCAUGAUAAAGAAAUGACACUGCCGGCACAAAGGCCCAAAACAGCCGAAGCGAGGUACGGCUACGUUGAGCAGACCUCAUUAUCGGUCAAAACAGAUCUAAUGUUUGAAGCGACAGGUGACUGGCAGUCUGCGCUGCAACCAAUUCGUCAAAUCGCAAGUCAUAAGCAAACGGAAAUUAAGUUAGCCGCACCGAACGUGCUCGAAGUACAGCCGCAAGUAAUAUCUGAGUCAUUAGAAACAGACACGCCGAAGCAAGUCGCCGCCACAAAAACAAUCGACACCAUAUAUGGUGGUUUAAGCGAAAUGCAGGCUGUCCUAGAGACACAUACCGAACUUAAAGAACAGGAACAGCAGGUCGAGAAAGCGCUAAAACCACUGCCCGGCAGAGAAAUGCAACCAUUAGCUGUUUACGAAAUACAAAUUACGGAAACGGAUCAAAAACUAACUUUGCCUGAAAAACCGGUCAUGCAAGCUCUACACGAAAUCGCACCCGAAACAUAUACACCGCUCGAGCGGAGCGAGGUUUUAACUUUAGAUACGACAAACAAAGUCGAAGAGCAAAUAAAACCACACACGGCUCAAGCAGAAUUUGGCUUACAAACAGAGCGCAGUACAAAAGUGCAACAGCAAACAGCAUUGGAUGCCGUAGAUGUGCUUGUAACGGAAGAACUACCAGUCAAGCAAACAAUUAGCAGUGAUAUUGAGUUAUCACAACCAUUAGAGAUCAUCACAACCGCCACGCAUGACAAGGAGUCAAUAUUAACACAAGUCGAAGCGCCUGCCGCAAAGGAAGCACUAACGAUAACCACAGACACAUUGCCGGUAGCCGAUACGGAGAGCACGCAACCCAUGGAAGCUUUCACGGCGCUCGACGAAACACAAUUAGAUAAAAAGCAGGCACACUAUGGUUACACCGAAAUAAUAUCAACAGUGCAAACAAAGGAUGUAACCCUAGAAAGUACCCAUGAAUACACAAGUAAACAAGUGCCCACAGAUGCUGUCGCCAGUAUGGAGUUAGUGUCGCAUAGGAACGCGUUCGAAGUGAUCUCGACCAACUUCAGCGAGAAAGAAGUAACACUCAGCGCUGACGUGCCGCUCACCAAAGGGCCAGCUGAGGUGAAAAUAAACGAAUUAACGCAAAAGAGUGCCAUAACCCAAGCGCCUUACGUGCACGAGAGUGCCGGUGAGCUAACGGGUGUGGAAUCCUUGGAGACCACAGGCAAGCCGACGACUGAUAGCAGCUAUGAAAUCUCAAUACAACAGGAAAGUGUCUAUGAGAAGGAAGCCUCACUCGAACCAUAUCAAAUAGGUAAAGAAUUUGCGGCAACAGUUACUUUCAACACCGAAGAUGCUAAAGUAAUAGAGCAGAGCUUAAUGUAUGAACACGAGCAGACGUUCGAUAAAGUACAACCGAUUGCGGUCAACGCGCAAGCGGCACCACCAACGGAGAAUUUAAAACUGCCGUUAAGUGAAAAUGUUUAUGACUUGGAGAGCGUGGGCGCAAUCGACAAGCUGAAACUUACGACAAGCUCGGCAAUCUCGCAAUAUCAAAACCUAAAUGAAACUAUUAUUUCGGAAAUAAUUGCUUACGAAGACUCAAGACCUGAUGCAAUGUUGCUGCAAAAGCAUGUCGAAGAACCGCUUGAAGCGGCUGUAACACUCGCCGAACAUGCCGCAAUCGCCAGCGAAAACAUUAUUAUAGAAGAUGCACAGCUCUACGAAGAUAAGCCAACAUUUACUAAGAAAAACGCAAGCGAAGCAACAAGCAAGCAACAAAUGCAUGCGCCAUUGCUACAAGAAACAAACCUACUUGAUGCCGCGACAGCGCUGCCAACGCAAACAGAGCUCAGAGAUACGGCAAAACCGGGCGCGGAGCAAACAUUACUCACCACGAAUGUUGUUAAAGAGGAAAAUAUAUACGAGCAAUAUAAGCCUGUGCAGGAUCAAGAGACACAGCCCGCGGCACAUGCCAACAUCGGACACGCCACACAACAACUGCCUACGAUACAAGCUCCAGAAAUAGCCGAGAGGGAAGGUAAUCUGAAGUUGCCAAAAGCAAUCGCACCACAGCAAGCGAAUGAAGCGGACUUGAGCAAAACUUUAGGACUACCAAUAGUCAGUGAGACUAAUGCAGCUGAAGCGCCAAAGCUGCUAGAAACGGAGGUUGCAAGCCUAACGGAAGUAAAAUCGACGCUUACCGGUGCCCAGCAUGAAGUUCAGACUACACAAGUGCAAACCUACGAGCAAACGGAUGAAUUGUUAACGCGUGACAACGCGCCUACCGCUCAAACAAAUGUGAAUUUAGAAAAUAUACCAAGACCAGCGCAGGUCGAGACCCUCACCGACGUUUACACCAAAGAAGGCGAUUUAGAGCGUUUUAAGGGCGAUAAACAACAUGCGAAACCCUAUGUGGAGGGUAUGUACACAGAGACCAUAACAAGUGAUGUGACAGCGUUUGAAAAAACCAAUGUUUUAGAUAAGAUCGUCUUCGAAACUAAGGCGGCUAAGCCGACCAUUGAUGGACAACAACAGUUACAAGUCGAGCAGCUGGAUGUAGUGUUAGAUAAGGAAAACACCUUUGAAAUUAAGGUUAAAACACAAAGCGCCAAGCCUUAUAUAGAGGGCACGCAACACGAAACGCUCAUCACGGAGAUGGCAGCUGCAGAGCAACUAAGCGAUUUGCCAGUGGGUCUGGAAAAAACAGAUAAGACAGCACGUCAACAGCUGGUAGAGGAGAGCAUGCGCCAAGCACAAACAAUCAGCACUCAAAUCUUAUUAGAAAAAGAAACACCAACAAGCGACGCCGAGCCAAUAAAGCACGUAGCAAAGCCACUAACUGACACAAUGCAAAAUGAUAAAAUCAUCGCCGAGCUUACGCCCUACGAAGGCGUGUUGCCGUUUGAAACCGCCGAUGGCGCGCAACCGCAGCAUGCCAGCGCCAGCCUAACAACAACAUUGACACACAGCCAAAUCACAACACUGCAGGAGACAUUCACCAAAGAACAGCGCCUGACAAGCGCGCAGCCCGAGCAACUAAACGCUAGCUUAGUCGCAGCGCAGAAUAUAGCGCACACGACCGAGGAAACGAUAGGUCUAAAUCUGAUAACAGAAACAUAUGAUUUGAAGCAACGGCCAGAGCGUAUAGCGCACAGCACAUACGCCGAUUUGAACGAAAGUAAGACAGUGACAGAAUCGCUAUCGUUUGAACAAGCGACUGCGCUGCAAUCAGAGGAGCGCGCAACUCAAUUGCUCACCGGCAGCACUGUGCCAACAGACCAAACCAAAUCGGCGCAGAAAACAGACGUAAAUAUUUACGAAAGUAUCCAAGAAGAAGUUGGCGACUUUAAGCCACAUACCGUGGCAGGCAUAGAGAGCAGCAUUGUUUUGCGCGAACUUAAAGCGCCCCUCAUCGAUGAGAUUACAGUGAAACCGGCACUCGAAAGCAUGUUGCCAAGUAUGCCGAAACACGAAACAGCAACAGCGAACACGCCAGCGUUUGAUAAUUUAAGCGUCAGUGCUCAAAUAGCUUAUGAAAGUGCUGCUGUGAUCACAAGUCAGCCGGCGGUAGAUGAGCGCAAGGCACAGUUACGUGUGACAGACACUCUCGCACAGACAACCAUGAUGGAUGUACCAAUUGUUAACGAAAGCGCAGCUCAGCUGCAGGAUGUUACACAUACCGAUGAGCAUGCCAAUGUUAGCAUAACAACACAACAUAGUACGUAUUUGCAUGAACAAACCGAAAUACAGGAUAACCUCAGCACAUUGGACACACACACAACACCAACAACGGCUGCGGCCGAAAUGACAGUUAUGCCACAGUAUGCGCUAGCUGGUAGCAAUGCGCAAACAUUCGAGCAUGCAAUUCCCCAUACCACAGUUCUUACAACAACAACAAUAACACCACAAAGCACUAUAACACCAACAACAACAAAAACAGCGCUGCAAACAACACAAUUUAUAGCGGAACACCCGGAUACACACGAAGAUACUGCAACCGAAACUGAUCAAGCUAUCAGCACUUAUCAGCCACACAUCACAUGCGAUCAAUCAAUUGUUGUUGAAUACGAAAAAGAAACAACACUUAAAACAUUACAACAAAAAGCACAACAAUUACAAACCACAAGCGCUCAUCCAAAUUAUAUAUUACCGAUAGAACGUGAGGAAAUGUUAAAUGAGUGUGUCUCCAAUUUAAAAGCAGAAGACAAACCGUCAAAAGCCUUAAAAACACCAAUCACAAAGAGCGGUGUUAGUGAGUCUGUAGAGGGAAUAACUGUUGAGGUAGUACCAGCAUAUCAUACAGUCGAUGACAUACAACCAAUUAGUAUAGCACACGAAAAACCUAAGUACAUACAAGAAACCAUGAAAGACAAAUUAGAAAAAGUAGAAACACUAAGUGUAAAAACCGAUUUCGAGGAAAAACCUACACCCGAACACUUAACAACGGAAAACCCAGUUUUCGUUACUACAUUCAAAUCGGUACAAAAUGAAGAUGGCGAAACAGUUAUUGAAACAGAAAGUAAGAAAAUAACUGAGGAGGAAGGCAUCGUCAUCGAAGAAGUUCUUAGCGAUACCGAGCCAGUUAUAUAUGAUGAUCAGACUGCCUUAAAGAAUGUUGAAAUUGUAGAAGUCGACGGAUACACAGACCAAGAUAGCAAAGAGUACACAAUAACAGAACCAGAUGAUGUCCUUGAAGACAUUACACAAACACCAGAUACAGAUAAGAAAACGAAACAUAAAAUUAAGAAACAACAGAAAACUACACAUAAAUCAUUUGAAAAUAUCGACGAAGCACCCGAAGAAGUAAUUAUAGAAUAUAUGCCUGAAGAGGUGUACGAAGUGGAACGACCGGUUGAUGUGGAUGUGGUCGAAGAUGAAGAAAAAGAAAAGAUUUUGGUUGAACCGAAAAUUACAGUGGUUAAAAAGCGUAAGAUUAAAAAGAAGAUCGACGGUCGUGAACAGGUUAUUGAAGUGGUUACUACGCAAGAAGAAGGUAAGGAGGAAGAGAGUACAGUGAUUGUUCAUUCGGAGGAUGAUGAGAAGCCGGAGGAUUUACAACCGACAGUACAACAAGUUAAAAUCGUUGAAGAGUUGGUUGAUACUCCGCAUGCAAAGGUUGAUGAAAAGCCGUCAAUAAAGAAGAAGCGUAAGCCGAAGAAGGUGGUAAAAAAGGAUGAUUUGGAUGAAUAUAUACAAUUCCUGAUAGAACAAGAAAUACCUAAAACGGUGCUACAAGAAUAUAAGCGUACGGAACUAGAGCAGCCACAGAAAGCGCGGAGCGAUACGACGCCUACGACGAAACCCGUCAAAUUAGUGCCAAUGAAAAUCGAAAGUAUUGAGGUGAAAAAAUCGGAGAGAAUUGAAAUUACAUCGGUUGCAGAAUUUCCGCAAAUGUUGAAAUUGAAGAAACCGAAACAGAAACCUAAAGAAGAGAAACCAAAAAAGGACGCAGCUGCUUUUAAGAAUUUCAAAUUGAAAAGCUGGAUUAAUUUCAUACCAUUUGCACCAUAUUGCUUUAAGCCUACUAUAACCGAGUUGGAACCGAUACGCGGUUGCGGUGAAUUAUCACGAAAUAUGGAGGAAGCAAUGGUUGUUAUUAAAAAGCGACGCGUUAAAGUUAAACACAGCGAAAAACCUGAAAAGGAGCUGGAAACAUUGGAUCUCGAAACAUAUGAAGAAACGAAAGUGGAAGAGGAAAAACAACCAGAAAAGGUGGAGAAAUAUAAACGACCAAAGAAGGUGACAAUGGAACAAACUACUGACGUGCCAAGGAAGCUAAAACUAGGAAAAGGAAAGGUGCCUGAGAGUGCGGAUGAUAUUGAGCAGAUUACUUUGAAACCAAUAUCAAAGGAUGUAACAGAAGAUAUUGUUGAAGAAACGGCCGAAAAGCCAACCGAUGAGAAACCAAAACGAAAGAAGAGAGGUCGUAAACCGGGUGUUGGUGAUACUUCCAUACAAUUCGAACCACAAAAUUUCGAUGAGGUGGAAUCUGAUGAAGAACAGAUUUCAGAGGGUACGGAAACAUCGCAACCGGAAACCGAUACAACAUCAGAGAAACCUAGAUACAAACGUAAGAAGAAGAUAACGCCACAACCAGAGACAAUACAAUAUCCUAUCAAACCGCAACAACCAAAAGAAACGGAAGAUACUACGCAACCGGAAUUGAAAUUGCGUAAGCCACAAGGUGAUAAACUUGAUGUUGAGGAGGAGGGUAUUAAGCUUAAGCCAUACCAUAAAAUUGAAAUACUCGAAUUGGCACCUGAGGACGCUGAACAGUUGGAGGCACUGGAAGCACCGGUAAUGGUUAAAAAACGUACAAAGAAGAUACGUAAAAUUAAACAAGAAACUCCUGCUGAAGAAAACAUAAUAGAAAUCAUUGAAAUACCAGCUGCAAAUGUAAAAGAUGAACCUACGUAUGAAGUUACGGUAACCACAACAGAUAUCAGUGAGUCCACUGAGAAGCGUGUGAAACCUAAAACAUUGAAAAAGAAACGCGUCAAGUUAAUGAAGGAAGAUGAACUCGAUGACUUCAUUGCCGAAUUGACAGAGGCGCCAGAAGAUAAAAUUUAUGAUUUCAAUACCGUGGACUUCUACGAAAUUAAAGUACAAGAACUACAGCCAGAAUUCAUUGAAGAAACUAUUGUAAAGGAUGAUGGAAAAAUAAAAACAGAAAUACGCAAAAAGCGUAAGCUACUACAUAAGAAGGGCGACGAGGAAAAGGUGAUCGAAAUUAUCGAGACCACAGAAUCAACGCCCGAUUCAAAGGAAACUCUUUAUGAAGUGCUUGUUGUGGAUACCGAAGAAGUGCUGUCCACUGAUUCAACAGCAGAAAAACCGAAGAAGAAAAAAUCGAAGAAGCUGAAAAAGGACGAACUCGAUGAAUAUAUACAAAAAUUAAUCAACGCCGAAAUUACCAAAACCGAACUCGAAAAGUAUGAGAAAAUCGAUGUGGACGGUAAACCUAAAAAGCCAAAGAAAAUAAAGAAGGUGCCACAAAAAGCGGUGCUUGAAAUACCUGACACAUUGGAAGUUGGCGUUGUAGAGUCUGCAGACUCAAAGGAAGCACCAAAACAGAAAAAACCGAAGAAGAAAAUAGCACCUUUGGAGGAACAGCCGAUAGAAGAAGCGCCUGAGGUGCCAGCAACUGAAUUUUCAGUUGAGGUUAAAGACACUCUGCCCAGCAAAACAGAAAAAGAGGAUAAUGUGGAAGAAGUGAUAACGCCAGAAGAGCUUCCAAAAGUGCCAGAAAAGGCUAUAGAUGAUGUGGUAAGCAUUGUAGAAAUCUCUGAAAAUGUUGAGGUCGUCACAAAAGAAGAAACAAGUGGUGAAAUUAAAGAAGAAACGAUCACAAAACGCAAAUUUAAGAAGAAGAAGGGUGGCAAGGUUUACACUGUAGAAGUUAUUGAAACUCAGGCCAAGGAUGAGCCUGAAGCCGAAGUAACUGUAAUAACAACAGAAGAUGUGAAGAAAACAGCAACACCACAGCCCGAAACACCAAAACGUGUGCCUAAGAAAAUAACUAAGAAAGUCAAAAAGGAAGAACUUAAGGAUUACGUUAUGAAGGUUGUUGAGGAAAUGCCAGAAGAAUUUGCAGUGCAGCCCAAAGAAUAUGAAGAAAUUCCGGAACAAGUUGAAAAACCGGUAGAUGAAGAUGUCUUUUUCAGAACAACUGUAGUAGAGGAGGCAGCCGAUGAAACGGAAAAGCUAAUAACUGAGGACGUUUCUCCUAUUAAAGAAGAUGUCGCAGAGAAAAAGAAGAAGCCGAAAAAGCCAAAACAAUACAAAAUUACAGAGACACAACCAGAUACUCAGGAAGAAUUGCCACAAAAGAUUGAAAUACAAUCUGAAGAGGAAAUCGAUAUUAAGGAAACUCCUAUGACAGAUGAAUAUGUUAUCAAUGUACAAGAAAAACAUAUAAAGAAAGUAAAGAAAGCAAAACGAGGCAAACCGAAAGAGGAACAAAAAAUUGAAGAAUAUGUUGUACGCAUUGAGGAAUCGAUGCCCGAAGUUACUACCACAGAAAUCGUUGACGAACAAGGAGAGAUUACGAAACAAACAACAACAAAACGCCGCCUUAAAAAGAAAGAAGGUCCCAAAGAGUAUGUUAUAGAUGUAGUGGAAACAUUUGAAGAAAAUAAACCCGACGAAGUGGAGAUCACUGUCUCAACAAUAGAAGUCACACCAACUAAUUUAACGGAACCUGCAGUAGAACAAACUAAAAUUACUAAAAAGUUAAAAAAAAAGAAAUCACCAAAAGACAAUUUCGACGAAUACUUACAACAGUUAAUAGAACAGGAAAUAACGAAAACGGAAUUGGAAGAAUUUACACCAAUCGAAUUUGGCAAAACACCAAAGAAACCGAAAAAGAAAACUAAACAUCACAAAAAAACAAUUGAAGUCAUGGAUGGAGUAGCUGUUACAAUACAUGAAUUCGACGUAGAAGAAAUACCCAGCGAAGAGGAGGAAGAAAUUGAUGAACCAAUCGCUGAGGUAGUGAUAGAAAAGGACCAACCUACACAACAAGACUAUCAAGAUUACAGAAUUGGUGUAACCGAUGAACAAGUUGAGCCAAUGAAAUUUGAUGAGAUAAUAACUGAGGAACGUCCCACUAAAGUUAAAAAGCCAAAGAAACUUAAAACUACAAUUAUAGAGGAAGCUCCUGUCACUUUGGAAGAAAUUGAACAAACUGUUGCAACGGUCAAGGAGACCGAUGAAACUGGUGAAGUCAAAGAAAAGACAGUUACUAAACGUAAAGUCAAACGUAAGCAAGGACCCAAAGAAUUUGUUUUCGAAAUAUCGGAAAUAAGUGAAGGAGCAGAUCAACCUAUAGCCGAAAUAACAAUUGUGCAAAUAGACGAAACUCCUGUAACUGUUGAUGAGGAAAAACCAACUAAACCAAUUAAAAAGAUAGUAAAGAAACCAAAACAUGUACCAAAAGAAGAUAUACAGAACUAUUUAGUAAAUGUCAUCGAUGAAUUCGUAGAACACGAAAUAGUGUCCGAAAAUGAGGAAGAAAUUGUUGAAGCACCAAUGGAUGACAUCAAGAAACGCAUUUCUAAGCCCAAAAAGCAUAAAGUCAAAGUCACAGAAGAAGACGUACAACCAGUUGAGGAUGUACCUGAAGAUCAAGUUGCAUUAGUUGAGGAACCCACUGAAACUGUUGAUAAAACGACGGACGAAUACCAGAUUGACAUUACCGAGUCGACAGUCUACGAAAAGCCCACCAAGAAGAUUACCAAGAAAAUCAAGAAACAGAAAUCGGACGCACAAAAACCAGAUGAAGAUUCACCAGAUUUUAUCGUACGCGUCUCAUCGUUUGAAGAAACCCCCGAAGUUGAUGUACCUGAGGAGCAAGUAAUCCAAACUCAGUCAGAAGAAACACAACCUGUGGACGAUUAUAAUAUUGUUGUAGAAGAAAUAGAAACUACACAAGAUGUACAGGAAAUUGUCGAGGAAGGCGGUGGAAAAGUAAAACAGACAACGAAGAAACGUAAGAUCAGGAAAACAGUUGGACCAAAAGAAGAAAUAAUAGAAAUAAUUGAGACACAAUUAGACAACUCACCACUUGCUGAGGUGACCGUGAUAGUGCAAAAUGUAGAAACAUUAUCAGAUUCUAAGGAGGAAGAUAAACCACAAACUAAGAAGCCGAAGAAAACAAAAACGGUUAAAAAAGAUGAUCUUAUUGAGUAUAUCUAUAAAUUAAUUGAAGAAGAUAUACCAAAAACUGAAUUGGAGAAGUAUGAGAGAGUUGAUUUGGAGGAACCAAUAAAAUUGAAAAAGAAGAAGAAACCAGAAAGAAAGGUAAUCACUGUAAAAGAAGAAGAACCUGUAAAGGAGCAACUUGAAUAUUUUGAGGUCGAUGUUACAGAUGUCGAAGAGGUAAAACCAAAGAAACCAAGAAAGAAACCCUCUAAGGAUGUAGUAGUUAAGGAAGAGGAUAUAUCAUCGCCGCAACCCGACGAGGAGGUUUCUGUUACACUGAUUGAAGAAGAUAUUCCUAAAAAACCAAAGAAGAGCAAGAAAUUGCCUGUCUCUAUUACAGAAACUACACCUCAGGAAGUCAUAGAUGAAGAAUACAAAAUAGAAAUCAUCGAGGAGACUGUCGAAAAAGAAAAGACGACCGAUGAAAAUGGUGAGGUCAAAGAAAAAAUUGUUAAAAAGAAAAAGGUUAAGCAUACUAAAGGACCGGAAGAAGUAGUACUAGACAUUAUUGAAGUACACGAUGAGAGCAAUGAUGAAGCUGAAAUCACAGUCAUAGCCACAACGCCCAGCAAGGACAAUGACACACCACAAGAGGUACAAGUUAAGCAAAAGAAAACUAAGAAAUUAAAAACAAAAGAUGUACCCGAGUAUAUUGCCAAAAUCGUAGAUGAAAUUCCAGCAGAAAUAUUCGAGGAAUACAAACACGACGAAAUUGAAGAGACUCCAAGAAAACCGGAGAAAAAGCCAAAGCUUAAAGUAAAACAAACUGAAGAUGAAGGUGUCAAAGGAGAGGAGAAAGUACAUGAAUUCACUACAAUGGUUGGAGAGGAAGAACCAGUACAGCCCGACGUAACAGAAUAUGAGAUCACAACAGUUGAAGAGAAGGCUAAACUAAAGAAAAAGAAGCCCACUAAACCGAAAGUAAAAAUAACAGACGAAGAAAAACCUGAAGAGGAGAAACCGGCUAAAGUAACUGUUAAGGAAAGUGAAAUAGAAAAUAUCGAAACCAUACCGGAUUCGUCCGAUAAUAUAAAAAUUGUGGAAGCUGAUAAGACCUCUCCUGAGGAAAAAGAAUAUACGGUAACAGCAACAGAAGAAGAAUCUAAGCCAAAGAAGAAAAAGCCAACUAAACAAAAAGUUAAAGUAGUUGAGGAGGAUAAAAUAGGGGACGCACCUUCUGAUACAGUUACGGUGCAAGAUACGGUACCAAAGGAUAUCAUUGAGGAAUCUCCAGAAGAAGACGAAAUAAAGAUAACAGAAGAGCAACCAGUAACUGAAACUAAAAACUUCGAAGUAACAGUAACAGAAGAACAAACACAAAUAAAGAAAAAGAAACCAACUAAACAGAAAAUUAAGGUUGUUGAAGAGGACAGCCCCGACAAGGUGCCGUCUGAAUCAAUUGCAAUUCAAGAAACGGUACCAAAGGACGUCAGUGGGGAAACUCCAUCAGAAGAGAUAAAAAUUACCGAAGAACAACCCGCAUCCGAAACUCAAGACUUCGAAGUAACAGCCACGGAAGAGCAUAAAAAACCAAAGAAAAAGAAACCUGCCAAAGAAAUAGUAAAAUAUGUUGAAGAAGACAAGAUUGAGGAUAUACCGUCUGAGGAUAUAAAGAUUGUUGAAGAUCAACCUGCUUCUGAUAGUGAAGACUUCGAAAUAAAAUCAACUGAAAAACCAACAAAACCAAAGAAAAAGAGGCCGACUAAAGAAAAGGUUAAGGUUGUUGAGGAAGAUAAGCCCGAGGACGUACCUUCUGAAAAAAUUUCUGUUCAAGAUACACUGCCUGAGGAUGUAAAUGAAGAAACUUUUGUUGAAGAAAUAACAAUUGCUGAAGAGCAACCUAUCGACGAAACAAAAGACUUCGAAGUAAGAGUAACGGAAGAACAAAUAAAAUCAAAGAAAAGGAAACCAACUAAACAGAAGGUUAAAGUUGUUGAAGAGGAAAAACCUCAGGAUAUAUCUUUUGAAAUAGCUACGGUCGAUGAAGCCGUACCUAAACCAGUUCACGAAUUACCAACUGAGGAGGUAAACAUUGUGGAAGAACAGCCAAUUUCCGAAGUUGAAGAUUUCGAAGUAUCACCAACUGAAAAACAAGAAAAACCAAAGAAAAAGAAACAGACCAAACAGAAAGUUAAAGUUGUUGAGGAAGACAAACCUGAAGAUAUACCUUUUCAAACAAUUACAAUCGACGAAGCAGUUCCUAAACCAGUUGAGGAAAUACCAUCAGAGGAAGUUAACAUUAUGGAAGAACAGCCAAUUUCCGAAGCAGAAGACUUCGAAGUAUCACCUACUGAAAAACAAGAAAAACCAAAGAAAAAGAAACAAACUAAACAGAAAGUCAAAGUUGUUGAGGAGGACAAACCGGAGGAUAAACCUUUUGAAAUAGUUACAACUAAUGAAAAGUCUCCUGAAGAUAUCGAAGAAACUACGGCAGAAGAAAUAAAGAUUACGGAAGAACAACCUGUUUCUGAAACUGAGGACUUUGAAAUAACCGUAACUGAAGAGAACGCAAAACUCAAGAAAAAGAAAACAAUCAAACAUAAAGUUAAAGUCAUUGAAGAAGACAAGCCUGCAGAAACACGUACAGAUAGUGUUGAUGUUUCAGAAACUGUAGAACAAGUCGAGGAUCAGCCAAUUUCAGAGAUCGAAGAUUUCGAAGUAACAGUAACGGAAGAACAGACAAAAUCAAAGAAAAAGAAGCCCACUAAACAGAAGGUAAAAGUUGAAGAAGAGGUUAAACCUAAAGAUAUUCCUGAAGAACCAGUGCAUGUAGAAGAAAUCGAAACUAAAACGGAAGUAAAAGAAAUUGUUGAUGAUAAAGGUCAUGUACAAAAACAAAUAGUAACCAAACGAAAAUUGAAGCGUCAACAGGGACCCAGAGAGGAUGUAAUCGAAAUAAUAGAAGUACAAACCGCUGACCAACCCGAGGCAGAGGUAACCAUCAUCGAAACACAACCAGAUAAGGAAGAAGAAAUCACUAAACCCAAAUCACAGAAAAAGAAAGUAAAGAAAGUCAAAAAGGAUGAUUUGCAUGAUUACAUCCAAAAAUUGAUCGAAGAAGAAAUACCAAAAACAGAAUUAGAAAAGUAUGAAAAAAUCGAAUUUGAAACAACACCAAAGGUUAAAAAAGAAAGCGAAGAAAUUGCCGAUGUUACAGUAGAAGAAGAAACACCACAAGCAACUACAAAACCAGAGGCGAAGAAAAAGCCUAAACAUAAGAAACCACAACAAAACGUUGAAGAACAACCACUGGCCGAAGUACGUAUUGUAGAACAGCCAUCGGACGAUAUCGACGAACCAACAGCACAAAUUAAGAUUAUUGAAACAGCAGAACCAAUUGUUGUUACAGAGGAAACACCAGCUGAAAUCAAAGUCGAGGAAAUAACAGAUCAGAAGGGAGAACCAAUUCAACAAGUCACCACCAAACGUGUACUCAAAAAGAAAGAAAAAGGCAAAAAAGAUAGCACAAUAAACAUAAUAACUGUACAAGAUGACAAUAGUCCCGAAGCUAUUGUCAUUAUAAGUGAAGAGCCAGAAACAGCGCCCACAAUUCUCGAAGAAGAACAACCAGAACAAACUGUACAAACCACAGAACAAAAACCAAAGAAACCUAAAAAGACAAUCAAGAAAAUUAAAAAGGAUGAACUAGAUGAAUAUGUGCAGAAACUAAUUGAAGAAGAAAUACCAAAAGUAGAACUUGAACAAUACGAAAAACCUGAUCUGCCAAUAGUAAAGAAACCGAAAGAAAAGAAAGAAACCACUAAACCACAAGACACUGAAGUAGUAGAAAAACUAGAAGCACUCAAAGACAGUGAAAAACCAGAAAAACCUAAAAAAGCAAAGAAACCCACAACCACUGAGACCACACAAGUCGUAGAAACACCACUUACAGACACAACAGACGAGAUAGUUACCGUAGUCGAAGAAACCACUAAACCCAAAACACGUAAACAGCCUAAACAACAACAACAACCACAAGAAACACAGUUAGAGGACACAGAAUCAACAACAACAACAUCGGAUACCACUGAUACAAAACCAAAAACAAUUAAACAUAAGCCCAAAGAACAAAAAAUCACUGAAGAUACAAGAGAAGAAACGGUGGUGCAUAAGGAUUACGAGUUCAGCAUUGUGGAGCAUGAACCAACGAUAAUAGAAGAAGAAGAAGAAGAGGAGGAACGGCCAUUACAGGUGAGGAUCAUCGAAGAGGUGCCCGAGGUAGCGGAUUCCCAUCCGAUUGAAGUGAUAGAAGAGGAGCAACCAGAGGAGGAGGAAAUAGAAGUACCCACUGUGGGUGAGCAGGAGAAACCUAAAAAGAAGAAGAAGACUGUAAAGAAGAAAAUCGACGAGCAUGAUCUUAUCAUACAAAAACUAUUGGAACAGGACAUUGAGAAAACCGAACUUGAGAAAUAUGAGAAAUUCGAGUUUGAGAAGCCACAAAAGGUUAAAGCCGAAUUUGCUAAUAUUGAGCCACAGAAAAUCGUACGUAAAGAGCAGAAACCAACAAAAUUGGUUAUUGUGGAGGCAGCAGAGCUGCCACAAUCUAUUAAGUUGAAGCCAACCAAACGCAAGCCAAAAGUAGUCGAUGAGCAGACCGUACAAUUGCCUAAAUUCAAGCUGAAGAGUCGCAUGGAAGUAGUUACUUACCCACCAGAACUAUUGAUACCGAAAAUAACGGAAAUCGGUGCGAUACGGGAAAGUGGUGAGCUUACGCGUAAUAUUGAGGAAGCUGAGGAAAUUUUGAAGUUCAAGCCACGUAAGGUAAAGAAAUUGAAACCAAUUAAAGAUGAUUUGGAAAGGCCACAGCUAGAAACAUAUGAGAAAUAUGUAAGCAGUGAAGAGGAGGUAGAAGAACCGACACCUUAUCAGAAACCUGAAAAGGCGCCAAAACCAGAACAAAAACCGCAAGAAGUUAAACUGAAGAUAGGUAAAGGAAAGAAGAAGCCCAUCGCUGAGGAACAGCCUGAAAGUGUGACUUUGAAAAAGACACCGGAGAAACCGAAAGAGGCUGAAGUUGUCGAAGAAGAUGUUACCAAAAAGGAGGAAGUGGCAACAGUUACAGUGGUUGAAGAAACUGCAAAACAGCCCACUUAUGAAUUGCAGCCAUUUGAGCCAACCGACUUUGAACAUCCAGAGUACGAAAAGGAGGAAAUUGAACCCAUCGAAUUUUCUGAAGAACCAAAGCCAAGCAAGAAGGAACCCAAACAAAAGCAUAAGCCUAAGCCCAAACCAAAACCUGAGCCAGAAGUAAAUAUAACACAAAUUGUGCCCGGUGUGCCUAAAGAACAAGAAGAGGCACCUGAAGAGGAGGUUAAAUUCCGUAUUCCAGAGAGCAAAGCACCUGAAGAAACAAAAGAAGAAGUUAAACUAAAACCAGUAAAAAAGGAAAAGGUAGUACCAGCAACCGAAGAGAAGGCUAAGGUAGUUCCCACCGAAGAGGAAGUCGAAAAAGUGCCUACAAUCGAAGCUGAGGAAAACAUUGAGAAGAAAAAGAAGCCGAAAGCAAGAAAACCACAACAAAAGCAGGAAGAAACUGUGGAGGAGAAACCGGAGGAACAAUUUGAGAUUUCUAUUACCGAAGAGGAACAAGUAAUUGUACCAGAGCAGCCAGCUGAAGAGAAACCUGCUGAAAUCAAGAUUAAAAAGAAGAAACCUAAGGAGGUACCAGUGGCUGAAGUACAAGUAGUUGAGGAAGUUCCUGCAGAGGAAAUCAUAGAAGAAACACCAGUUGAGUAUAAAAUUACAACCACUGUCAUUGAACCUGAAGAAGCGCCUGAAGAGCAUAAAGUACGUGUUAUUGAUUACGAUCAGAAGGAGGUUACUGUAGAAGAAGUGGUUGAAGAAAGGGUGGUUACACGCAAGAAGAAGCCGAAACCACAGAAGCCGGAGGAAUAUGAGUACACGGUUGCGGAGCCCAAAGAAAUGGAAGUUCCAGCACAGGAGGAAAUAAUUGCAACCCAGCCUGAGAAGCCAGAAGAAGAAAUUAUUGAAGAAGCGGUAGUGGAGGUAAAAGAAAUAAUUGAUAUACCCGAAGAACCAAUUGCGAAGGUCAGCAUGAAAAAGAAGAAGCCAGCUAAGAAACCUGAGGAAGCAACUGAGGUUGAAGAGGUACCUUUAAUCGAAGAAGUUAAUGAGGAUAUAACAGAAAUAGAGAAGGUUGAAGAUAUUGUCGCUGAAGAAGUUAUCAAGAAAAAGAAGCCAAAGAGCUAUAAAUUUAAAUUAACUGAAACAGAAGCUGAAGAAGUGCCCGAGCAACCGGUUGAAGAAAUACAAGAGGAAAUUGAGAUACCUAAGCCAGUAGAGGAGAAAAUUGUAGAUUUCCCAACAUACGAAAUUACGACAACAGAUAUAGAAGCUGAGGUUCCACAGCCCAUAGAAGAAGUUAAAGAAGUCGAAAUUAAAGAGAAAAAACCUAAAAAGUUAAAGGUAGCGGAGACUCCAAAAGAAUAUGAAGUUGGAAUAGUUGAAGAAGUGGCUGCAUCAGUUGAUGAAAAGGAUGACCAACCAGAUGGCGCCAUCUUCUCAAUCAAGAAAAAACCAAAGAAGCAGGCUCCUGAAGAAUUUGAAGCUUCCGUAGUUUUAACCGAACCAAAGCCUGUGGAAGAAGUUGAAAUACAAGUGGAAAUAAAGAAGAAACCAAAGAAACCUAAGACUAAAGAAGAAGCAUCUGCUGUUCAUGAAGUUAAGAUUAUUGAAACGGAAAUUCCGAAAGAAGAAAUUUUGGAACAAGCUAUAGAAGAGAUAACAGUUAUCACAGAAGUGCCUGCUAUAGAGGAAGCGCCUAAAGAAUAUAAAUUUGGCAUUGUCGAAUCUCAAGUUGAAGAAGAAAUUGCUGAGGCGGAAUUCACAGUUAAAGAAGAAGAAAUCGUUGAGAAGCCAAGAGAAGAAUCUGAAGCUGAGUUUGUUGUUAAAGAAAGUAAACCAGUGGAAGAAGUUGUGGAGGAAGCUAAAAUAAAGACCAAAAAGUCCAAAAAGAAGCCAGCAGAGGCACAAGAAGUUGAAUUAAAAGUAAAAGUCACAGAAGAAAUUCCAGAAAAACCCACGCCAGAGGUGGAAGAAGUAGAAGAGAUAGUUACCGUUCCCGAAAAAGUUGUGACCGAACAAAAGCCCAAAGAAUAUGUUAUUGGUGUUAAGGAGUCUAUGCCUGAAAAACCUGAACAGGUACCUGUUGAAGAAACCGAAACACCUCAAGAACAAAAGGAAACGAUUGAAGAAGCGCCCUUACAAGAGGUAAAAAUUAUUACAACUACUCCGAAAGAGACAAUAACUGAAGAGGUAUCUGUGGUUAAGAAAAAGGUUAAAAAACCGAAGGAAACUAAAGAAGAGCUGAAGGUCGAUGUGGUUGAAGAAGUACCAAAAACUGUUGAAGAAGAAACGCAGUCAGAAAUAAACGUUCCAGUCCAAAUUGAGGAGGAAGUAGAAGAGCAACCAAAGGCGUAUGAGGUUCAAAUUAGAGAAACAGAAGCUAAAGAAGAAACCAUUGAAGAACAAAUUACCAUACCAAAGAAGAAGAAACCAACGCCUCAAGUGACAGAAGAGCCAGAAGAAGAAGUAAAACUGACAACAACAAAACCGGUUGAAGAAGUGCAAGAAGAAGUUAAGAUCAAAAAGAAACCUAAAAAGAAGCCAGCCGAAGAAGAAGCCGCUGCUGAGCUUAAAGUAACCGUGGUUGAAGAAAUACCUAUUGUUCAGGAAAUCGAAGAAGUUGUGGAAGAAGUGGAAGAAGUACAACCUGUAACUAAAAUUGUUGAAGAAGAGAAGCCAAAAGAAUAUGAGUUCAAGGUAACAGAAAGUGAGGCUGAGAAACCAAAAGAAGUAGUUACUGCAGAAGAGGUUACUCUUUCACAGAAGAAGAAGAAGCCCGCUCCACAAGUUCAAGAAGAACCAGAAGUAGAAGUUAAACUGACAACAAUUGAACCUGUGAAAGAAGUUCAAGAAGAAAUUAAAAUCAAAAAGAAACCAAAGAAAAAGCCAGAAGAAGAAGUGGCUGAAGUUGAACUUAAGGUUAGUGUUAUUGAAGAGGUACCAGCUGCUCCGACAGUAGAAGAGCAAAUUGUGGAGGAAGAAGAAGUGAAACCCACAGCUCAAGUAAUAAAAGAAGAAUUAGCAAAGGAGUACGAAAUUCAGGUUACAGAAAGUAAGAUUGAAAAACCAAAAGAAGAAAUUGUUGAAGAACAGAUCAGCUUACCAGCUAAGAAAAAACCAACUCCUCAAGUAACCGAAGAACCAGAAGCAGAGGUUACAUUGACAACAACGAAACCAACAGAGGAAGUGAAGGAAGAAAUCAAAAUUAAGAAGAAACCUAAAAAGGAACCUAAAGUUGAAGAAGCUCAAGCCGAGCUCAAGGUGACUGUUGUGGAAGAGAUACCUGCUGCUCCUGAGGUGGUUGAAGAAAUUGAGGAAGUGGAAGAAAUCCAAACGAAACCAGAAGAGACGAAACCAGAAGAGACGAAACCAAAAGAAUAUGAAUUUAGGGUUACAGAAACUGAAAAGCCAAAGGAAGAAGUAUUUGAGGAACAAAUAACACUUCCAAAGAAAAAGAAACCAACUCCUCAAGACACAGAAGAACCGGAAACCGAGGUCAAAUUGACAACAAAGAAACCAACUGAGGAGGUUCAGGAAGCAAUUAAAAUUAAGAAGAAACCGAAAAAAGAACAAAAACCGGAAGAAGCUGCAGCUGAACUGAAAGUUACAAUUGAAGAGGAGGUACCCCAAGAACAAGUGCAGGUGGAAGAGGUAGAAGAAAUAGAAGAAGUGAUAGUGCCUAAGGAAGAAAAGCCUGAAGAGAAACCAAAGCAAUAUGAAUUCAAAAUUAAAGAAACUGAACCACAAACCGAACAAAUUGUCGAAGAGGAAGUUACAUUGCCAAAGAAAAAACCUAUUAAACCUGAAAUAGUGGAAGAGCCUGAAACGGAAGUAACUUUGAAACCUAAAAAGAAGAUCGAAGAAGUGGAGGAAGAACUCAAAGUUGUCAAGAAAAAGCAAAAGAAACCUAAGGAAGAAGCGGCAACUGAGUUCACUGUACAAGUCGAGGAAGAAAUUGUACCCGAACCUGUUGUUGAAGAAAUAGAAGAGAUCGAAGAAGUAUUUGUGCCUAAAAAACCAAAAGAGAUAGAAGAAACUGAAGAGGUUGAAGUGAAAUUGAAGAAACCCACGCCAGAAGAAGUUCCAGAAGAUGUACAAGUUGACGUUGUGCUCAAGCCAAAGAAACCUAAACAGGUUGAAACAGAGGAGUUCGCAGUCGACGUCAAACUGCCGAAACAAAAGAAAACGACAGAAGAAACAACGGACGAAACAGUUGCACUGAAAAAGAAGAAGAAGCCCAAGCCAGUUGUCGAAGAGGCGGCUGAUGAACUGAAAAUAACUAAAGAAGUGAUCGAGGAACGUCCAGUUGAAAUUGAGGAAGAAGAAAUUGUCGAAGAAGCUGUCGUUAUGCGCAGAAAACCGAAGAAACCAUUCGAACCAACAGUUGAAGAACAUGACGAACAAGAAUUUAGUUUGUCUUUGAAGAAACCUAGACAAAUAAACGAGGGUGUGACAGAAGAAGCUACAGUUUUAAAGAAACGUCCCUCACGACCAAUGGUAUUCGACGAAGCUGGUGCAGAACUCUCUAUCAAACGGGAAGAGGAAUACGAAGAGGGUGAAGAUAUCGAAGAAUUUGUAGUGGAAAGAGGACUAAAACCAAAGCCAUUGCAAAUAACCGAAGAAAACGAACAAGAAUAUACGGUUAAGAAAUUGAAGCGACGCAAGAAGGGUGUAGAAAUACCCGAGUUUACCGAUGUCGAAAAUGUUACAUUCCGUCCUAAAACGACAAAAACUAAAGAAGAUGUCGAUCAAGAGUUCAAUAUUGCAUUAGAUCAAUAUGCUGAAGAAGAGAUUUCCAUGUCCGGUAAAGUUAAGUUGAAGAAACCUAUAACGAAGACAUAUUCUGAAGCGGCUGAUGAAGCUAAAAUCAAGAUCUUUGAAGAUUAUGACGAUGACGAAGGUCCAAUCAUUGAAGAAAUACGCGAUGACAGUAGUAUUGAAGAUACAAUGUACGAUGUAGAAGAACCCGAAGAAUAUCAAGUGGAAGAAUUGCCACCUGACGAUUUCGAUUUCACGAUUAAACCGAAAUCUACUAAACCCAGAUAUUCGAUACAAGAUGAGGAGGAGGAGCAAUUCUUGAUUGGUAUUCGUCGUCCGAAGAGCGAUUCGGUAACGUACGAUGAGGACUCAUUCACAUUCAAAAAGAAACGAAAGGUUGUGCAACAAAUUUUCAAUGAAGAGGGCGCUUCAUUAAAUAUCACACGCGAAAUGAAUAUUGAAGAAACCGAUGACGAGAAUGCCAUGUAUUCCAUUUGCAAUUAUAUCGCCGACAAUGAUGAGGCAAUCAAUUUGGUCGAGGGUGAGAAGGUUUAUGUGAUCGGACGUCACAGCUCAGAAUGGUGGUAUGUAAAGAAGAACAUAACUGAAGAGGAGGGCUGGGUACCUGCACAGUAUCUUAUGGAACCAGUCGAAUACCAGCAUUAUGUACAGAAGAAAUUACAUGAGAAAAUCGACAAACUGCCAGUAUUCGAACGUCCCGGACCUGAAGAGAAACCCUUGGCACCACGUUUCAUUGAAAAAUUACAACCAAUUCACACGCCUGAUGGUUAUACCGUACAAUUUGAAUGCAAAGUUGAGGGUAUGCCACGCCCACAAAUCGCUUGGUUCCGCGAAACUGCCAUAAUAAAGCCUUCCCAGGACUUCCAAAUGUACUAUGAUGAUGAUAAUGUUGCAACAUUGAUAAUACGCGAAGUAUUCCCAGAAGAUGCUGGUAAAUUUACCUGUGUCGCUAAAAAUGCUGCCGGUUUCACUUCAUCCACAACGGAACUAAUUGUUGAGACACCAUUGUCUGAUCAUGGUUCCGAUGCUACGGGCUUAUCGCGUAAGAGUCUGUCACGUGAAUCAUCACUAGCCGAUAUACUCGAAGGUAUACCACCGACCUUCUCACGCAAACCGAAGGCACAAUAUGUUGAUGAAGAUACGAAUGUAAUAUUGGAAUGCCGUUUGGUGGCUGUACCCGAGCCCGAUAUUGUUUGGACCUUUAAUGGCGAGGAAAUCGAUGUUGAGGAAACCAAAAAUAUACGCGUUGUUACCGAAUCUGAUAUGCACAUGUAUUGUAGUGUUGUACACAUUACGAAAGUAAAGAAAUAUCAGGAAGGUACCUAUGAGGUGAUUGCCACUAACCGGGAAGGCGAAUCUCGAUUGCCGAUUGUUUUGAAGGUACGUACAGAUGAAAAAGAACCACCACAAGUAUUGGAACCGCUACGUAACACUGUUGUGCGUGAGGGCGAAAGCGUCGUCUUGACCACACAAAUUGUGGGUAAUCCACGUCCUAAGGUGACCUGGUACAAAGAUGGCAAACCAAUUACGAAGAAUACUAAAUCUGACAAAGAUACACAUACUUUGACAUUGAUCUCACCGAAAGCAGAUGAAAGUGGUGAAUAUACUGUGAAGGCAGAAAAUCCAUUGGGCAGCGUAGAAACAACGGCUAACCUAACGAUUGAAGAACCUUCUACUGGCAAUGCAGAACCACCGUUGUUCGUCGAACGUUUCGAGGAGCAAUCUGUGCCGCAAAAGGGCACAAUUCGUUUGCCUGCUAAGGUUACGGGCAAUCCAGUGCCUGAGGUGCAAUGGCUUUUCAAUAAUAAUCCACUCUAUCCCUCACAACGUGUACAACAAAUCUACGAUGGUGAGAAUAUUGAGCUCAUUAUCAAGGACGCCAACCCCGAUACAGAUUCCGGUGAUUACAAGUGUAUCGCCAGUAAUCCGAUUGGUAAAACAUCACAUGGAGCGCGUGUUAUUGUUGAGGUUGAUGAGGUUACGUUCACCAAGAAACUUAAGAAAACCAUAACCAUCGAAGAAAUCCAAUCGCUCACGUUGGAGUGUGAAACCUCACAUGUGGUCACAACAAAAUGGUUCUUCAAUGGCAAAGAGCUCAGCGGUAUGGAUCAUCGUGUAGUCGUUGAAGAUGGCAAAAUACAUAAACUAGUGAUACGUAAUACCAAUUUGCGUGAUAGCGGUACUUAUGUUUGCAAAGUUAAAAAUAAGGAGACCGAGUCCACAGUUGAAGUUUUGCCACGUAAACCUGAAUUCAUAAAAAUACUCGAAGACUACGAGGUAACCGAAAAGGAGACUGCAAUUUUCGAUGUUGAAGUAUCCACGGAUAAUGCUGAAGUCGUAUGGUUUAAGGAUGGUGAAAAGAUCACUCCCGAAAAGAAAAAUGUAGAAUUUGUCAACGUGGGUAGGGUGCGUAAACUCAUAAUACGUGAAAUCACCAUACACGAUGAAGGCGAAUACACCUGUAAGUUAGAAGAGCAGGAAUGCAGCGCUGAACUUACGGUUAUUGAAUUGCCGCCCGAAAUUGUGAAACCUUUGGAGGAUGUUACCGUAACACAAGGCGAGAAUGCCGGUUUCGCAAUUGAAUUGAGUAAGGGAGAUGCUUUAGUUAAAUGGUUCAAGGAUGGCAAAGAACUACCACUUAACGGACACAUGCAACUAACGAUCGAUGGUAAGAAACAAACGCUCAGGAUCGUAGAGGCCAAACCAUCGGAUGCCGGACAAUAUACCAUACAAGUGGGUCCACAAACUUCAAAGGCACAACUAAUCGUCGAGGAACCGUUGGUGAACUUCGUGUUGCCAUUACCUGAUGUGACUAUCGCCACGAAGGGUACAGAUGCCGAGUUCACUGUUAAAUUAUCACAGCCUGAUGUCGAGGUCACUUGGUAUAAGAAGGCUAAACCCAUUAAACCCAACAAAAAGCAUGAAGUAUUUGUUGAGGGUACCGUUAGGCGUUUGGUUAUACACGAUGCCGAUGAUGAUGAUAGCGGUGAUAUUAGUUGUACUGCUGCUAAUGCAACAACAGCAAGUAAAUUGUGUGUUGAGGAAAUUCAAACAUUACCCAUCAUCACUACUGACAAGGAUCAAACAAUUAAGGUUAAGGAGAAUGAUGAUGUUACGAUGACAGUCAAAUUUUCUGGCACACCAAAACCAGAUGCCGAAUGGAGUACGACAAAGAAUGUUGUUGUCAAGAAUAAGCAUUUAAUACCCACAUUAGAUGAACAAUCGGCAUCGCUUACCAUCAAAAAGGUGGUGGACGAUGACGAAGGUAUAUACACUGUAAGACUGAAGAAUCCAGUUGGCGAAGUGGAAGCCACGCUUAACUUGAUCAUAAUGAGAAAACCAACGGCACCUGGUGCACCGGAGCCAUUAGAGGUCACACACGAUUCUAUUACACUCUUCUGGAAGGCGCCUGAAGAUGAUGGCAAAUGUGAAAUUACAGAAUACGUGCUGGAAUAUCAAGACGUGAAAGAGGAGAGAUGGAUUGAGAUACGCAAAAUCAAAGACACCACAUACACUAUCAGCAAGCUGAAAAUCGAUACGGAAUAUGUAUUCCGUGCCAUCGCUGUAAAUGAGGUUGGACCAUCACCGCCCUCACCACUAUCACCACCUAUACGCCUUGUAGCGGAGGUGAAGAAGGAAAAACCUACAGUACAAGAACCACUACAAGACAUCGUAACCGAGCUGAACAAGGAGAUUACAUUGUCUUGUGUAUUCGGUGGCAUUCCAGAGCCUAAGGUGACGUGGAAGAAAAAUGGUAAGAUUAUUACCACGAAGACCAUACGCUAUGAGAAUCGUGUAUCGAAGUACACAAUCGAGAAGACAACAAUUGAGACUGAAGCAACGUACACAUGCGUAGCUGAAAAUGAAAUGGGCAGCGUGGAGACCUCAUGUAGAGUUAUACUGCAAGAGAAACCGACCAUUGAUAUCGAUGAGAAGUAUCUUGCACAGAAAAUACGUGCUGGCACCACUUUGAACAUUCCGGCCACUGUACGUGGUUAUCCACAACCGAAAACCACUUGGUUUAGAGAGACCAUUGAACAAACAACCACAAUGGAGCGUGUACAAAUCGAAACCACAGAGACCACCUCAACGUAUACACUGGAGAAGGUGACACGUGAAGAUUCCGGCCGUUAUAAGAUCACAGCGACGAACACAUCUGGUACAGCGACGACGGAAUGUACAAUACAAGUUAUUGAUAAGCCAAGUCGACCACAAUCGCUGGAAAUCAAGGAAAUGAAGAAGGACGCAAUCACACUAGCAUGGACGCCACCAAUCGAUGAUGGUGGUCUGGAGUUGAAUAAAUAUGUGUUGGAGAAAUGUGAUUUGCAAAAUAAUCUCUGGAUGAAGGUGGCCGAUUUGGAAAAAGACAUACACUCCUAUGCUAUACAAAAACUUUCCAUGAACGCUCAAUAUAUGUUCAGAGUGGUAGCAGCUAAUCCGGUUGGUGAAUCUGAACCAGUUGAGAGUGACCCUGUGACAAUUAUCAAGAAAUUCGAAAAACCAUCAGCGCCACGUGGUCCAACAGACGUCUUCGGCAUGACAGAUACGGCAUUUACGCUCUCAUGGGAACCAUCAGAAAGCGAUGGCGGCUCAAAGAUUAUCGAAUACAUUGUCGAAAUCAAAGAAUUCCAUGAAACCGAAUAUCGUCUGCUCGGCAGCACGAUCGGCAACGUUACAAAUAUACUCGUUAGCGAGGUGAUAAAGGAUCGUGCAUAUCAAUUCAAAAUCUAUGCAAAGAAUGAAGUUGGCAUUAGUGAAGCUCUAGAGACUGAAGACAAAAUAGUUGUAGGCCGCAGAAUAACUCCUCCAUCGCCUCCGCAAAAUUUGCGCAUUCCGGAUGUGACGAAUCGCAGCGUAACUCUCGAUUGGGAAGUUCCAGCAAAUAACGGAGGCUCAGAAAUAACUGGCUACUGUAUUGAAAAACGUUCGGCAACAUCGACCAAAUGGACAAAGGUAAUCACGUUAGACGCACACUGCCGCCAAUACACAGUGGAUAACUUGAAGGAAAAAUGUGAAUACUGGUUUAGAGUGUCGGCGGAAAAUGCGGUUGGAUUAGGUGCACCAGCCGUAACCGAGAGCGUCGCACUCAAAACGCAUGCAAGUAAGUACAAAUCAAGGCAAUCGAUUAUAGAACUCUUACAAUGAAGUACAAAAUAUUUUUAUUAUCAAAUAGCUGUUCCAUCACCGCCCACUGCGCCAUUGGAGGCGCGUGUACUGGCUGCCAAUGCUCAUGUAUUUGAAUGGGGUAUACCCGAGUCAGAUGGUGGUGCGCCACUGCUCGGCUAUCACAUUGCCAUACGUGACAUGAAGAAGAGCAUGUGGAUCGAAGUGGGCCGUGUACCGGCCGGUGUGCAAAGAUUCCAAAUACGUGACUUACAAGAGAAUCACGAAUAUAUGAUACGCAUAUUUGCAAAGAAUGAAAUUGGGCUUAGCGAACCACUCGAAUCGGAGGAGCCAUAUGUGGCUAUUACUGCAGGACAUUUGAGUUUACCUGACGAACCGCGCACAGAAAUGAGUUCAUGUAACACAUCGUCAUGGUUACGUGACCACAAUAUGGAUGCGGAUAUACAUUCGUAUGCACGCGGUAAACUGCUGCGCCGAGAUGAAUACUUCUUCCGCAUUUGGGCGAAAUUGCCAAAGAGCAAAAAGAAGAAGAAUUCAAAAUAAUUAUAAAAAAUAUGAUGCAUUGCAUUGCAAAUGUGCAAAUAAUGUAAAAAUCAUAAUUGAAAACAACAAAGCAAUGAAUGCUUCGAAACUACUAAUUUUACUAAAUCACUUAAUUUAUGUAAUUACUGAUAAUUUUCAUAUUUAUACAGCAUACUUUCCUAUGUGUGAAUGUAUGUGCACGUAAUUGUAAUAGUUUUUUGAAAAUGUUUUAUAUUCAUUCAGCGAUUUUAAUUAAUUUUAAUUUGUUGAUUAUGUAAUGUCAUUGAAAAUGUGUUACGAAAAAUAAUCAUAAAUUAUAGAUAUUUGUUUCCAAUAAUUGAAGUUUUCUGCAGAGGUUUAAAAAUGCGAGCGAAGAGAAUUUUUACAACCAAUUAAUGUUGAAAAAUUUUAAUUAAAGAAGCAAAUAUUAACAAAAAAGGAUAUAAAUAUCAAUUUUAGAAGACAUAAAAUAAUCGUAAAAAUUUUAAAUAUUUAAAAAAAUUAAUUUCGAUAUAAUAUACAAUAUAUAAAAUUUAGUUUUGUUUAUUAUUUAUUAAAUCUGUGAUAAAUGUCAAAAUGUCAAGGAAAACAUUAAAAAUGUCGCAAAAUGUAUGAAAACAUAAAAAGAGAACAAGUAAACUAAAUGUAAAUUGUAAAUACAAUAAAUAAUAAUUGGUGCGAAAUAGUUAUUAUUUAUUGUAUAUUCCUAUUGAAAGUGAAGGGGAAAUUAUGAGUUCACUUUAUGGGAGACAUCAUCAAAUGCAAAUAUAGGUGCGAGCAUUUUUAAAGGAACUCACUUAAUUUCAACUUCACUUCAAGUCUGUAAUCUCAAAUUUACUUUUUGUACGUAAAAGAAAUUGUGCUUUGGCGCAUACAUAGUUACUAUGUAUGUAUGAACUAUAUAUUACGAAAUGUACAUGAUUGUUCUGAAUGCAUAAAUAAAGAUAAAAUAAUUUAAUAAAAAA